UUUUUUUUUUCUCAACCCUUUGCAAUAUGGCUGACCAAACCACUCAAAGAAAGAGAACUUUCCGCAAGUUCAGUUAUCGCGGUGUCGAUCUCGAUCAAUUGUUGGAUUUAUCUUCUGAACAAUUCAUGGACUUGGUCCACUGCCGUGCUCGCAGACGAUUCCAACGUGGUUUGAAGCGCAAGCCCAUGGGUCUUAUCAAGAAGCUUCGUAAGGCUAAGACUGAAGCCCCCUCUGGUGAAAAGCCUGCCACUGUCAAGACUCACUUGCGUAACAUGAUCAUUGUCCCUGAAAUGAUUGGUUCCAUUGUUGGUGUUUACAACGGUAAGACUUUCAACCAAGUUGAAAUCCGUCCUGAAAUGGUUGGUCACUACCUCGGUGAAUUCUCCAUCACCUAUAAGCCUGUUCGUCACGGUCGUCCCGGUAUUGGUGCCACUCACUCUUCUCGUUUCGUUCCCCUCAAAUAGAAAGAUUACUUCACAUUUUCUUUCUUUAUUAUUUCUUUAUUUUAUUAUUUUGAUUCAAUAAAAAGAAAUCUUCACCAUUUUGAUCGAC